GGAGAUGGGAGGGAUGUUACGGGAUUGGCUUUAAGGCAUCAUGUCCAGGUGUUUCUGUGUGUACGGACUUUUGCAGCUGAUGCUGAUGAUGCUGCUGGUGGUGGUGACGAGCCGUUGAUUUUCUCGAUUUCCCACGAUUGCUAGUGUACAAUUCUCCUGUGUUCAUCCAAUUGCUCACUGGCUCAAAAGCAGGGUCGCGACUUCAUGCGACGACGUGAAAAGAAGGACCACGCCAAAGCAGCCCUAUCGGCGGACCGCUCAUCGUCUAUCGCUGUUAACAGCUUUGUCACCAGAUGCGUGGCGACUGGAGGCUUAGUGGUUUUCGCUGUGGCGAGCGCUGGCCUUUCUUUGGCUCUCCUUGGCCGCCCUGAUUUGGACGCACCGAGUGAUGGCCACGUCCGCCUUCUGGAAGCCAAGACCGAUCUCAACGGCCACGUGGUGGCCACACUGCAGAAUCAGGAGUUGGGUUUGAAAAUCCUCACCUUGGACCGCUGCAUCAUUGGAGCUCAGUACCUCCAGGAGGAGUUCCAGGACCAGGCGGCGUUCACAGGCUUUGCGCUGCAAGAAGCCGUGGUCUUCGUCAACCGAUCGCUGAGGCGGGUCCUGCAGCUGGGUUUGGGCGCAGCUUCCGUGCCUAACUUCUUGCGGUCCCGGCGGAUCCAGGUGGAUGUCGUUGAAGUGUCAGAGACAGUGAUUGACAUGGCUGAGAAGCAUUUUGGUUUCAGCUCCUGCAGAAGAGGCAACACAAAAGCCUGCCAACAAAGAUUCGGCCGCACUGUGCAGGGAGAUGGUAGGGAGUUCCUUUUUGGUCGCGAUCGGCGAUAUGAUUUGGUCAUUAGUGACGUGUUUGUGGGGUCCAACCCUGGGCAUCUUCACAGCCUGGAGGUCUUCCAACGGAUUCAGCAGCAGUGGCUUUGGCCAUCUGGAGUGCUCAUGGUGAACUUUGUCGGCUUUCAUUCUGGCCACCGCAGCCACAUCAGCCGGAAGCUCGCGCGCACCUUGCGCCAUGUCUUCGCAACGACGCGCUGUUUCCGUGAUGAGGAUCCGGCGGAACACCUGGACGCCGCGGCCAACUUGGUAUGCUUGGCCUCAGACCAGGCGUUCCAUUUCAACGUGCCAACGACCGGUGACUUCAGCAACCCAGCGCCCUUCUCCAGCGUUUGGGUGAUGAAGCAUUUCCAACAGUGGCAGGCGACGCCUGCGCUAUGCGCUCACGAGCGCAUAGACGAGCCCCCCAGCUGAGAGUUUCAAGCACAUAGCGGGACACAGCCCAUGCAAUCCAUGUCCAUUCUCCACUAAAAAUUAGAUUUUCGAGUGGGCGGGCGGGUCAUCACAGCGUGCCACCUAUACUUUCUGCAAGGCUGGUUUGCGAAAAUGAUGUUUUGCCCUUGCACCGAAAAGCGCCUUCAGAGCCGCCCUCGGAUGCCGAGCCCUUCGCACAGCGAGUUCGUGGGCGCUUGGAGCAGACACUAUUCGAAUACUUGAGAGGUCGAGGUUAGGGUAGAAGUGGGGCGCGCAUUCAGAGGGCACACACCUUCUGAGGUGCUGACUAAGACUCGAUCGAAUAGUCUAUGGGUGUGUGUAAUCAUGUGUAAUCUACUCUGAGACUUUAGGAGUAGGAUGGAGUAGGCAAAUAUAUAAUGCAGUGCAAGAAGACCUUCAUUGACGCAGGUGUUGCCUGCUGAGGAUGGCAAUGAAAGCAUCUUCCAGGAUUCACAGAAUGAGCUGCUGGAGAUGGACUCCCAAGCUGAGAUUCAAGCCCAUUUUUGGUCACAUGCUCAGACGUUGAUCCCAUCCCACGAGCCUUGCUUGCAGCAAGCCUGAAAGCUCCCCUGCAGCAAGCCUGAAAGCUCCCCUGCAUUUGACCAUGAGUUUUGUUCAAUUGGUACGUCAGGAUGAGUUCUUCGCUGGUAUGAGCUAUGUUCACAGAUGUUUAAGGCACUUGCUGGUUCCUGAACUAAGGUUUGGACAGCGUUGGGCCUCUUGUGUUGCAGUGAAUCGAGGAAGAAUUGAUCCCACAUUCACCAUUUCUGUGGGUGUGCAUAGUCCACCCCAAACCCGAUCCUAUUUUGGAGGCUGAAUCUGACACCAUGUUUCAGGCACUUGUCAAGGAACCUGGUUAAAGAUUGACGUUAGCCUGUGCCAUUGGUAAGCUCUUAGCUUUGCUAAAUUGACAAAUUGAUGUUGCUAUGAUUUUUUGUUCAUUUCCAUGUUCCCAAGUCUACGCUGCACCUUGAGGUAUUUCCGAUACACUUCCAGUCGGUUAGAAUGAACAUACCUAUUGUACAUAUUUUCUUGCGAAAUCAACCAAAUACAAUAUUGUAAUGGUUGAUUAAAAACAUUCCCAACAUUUUCCAUUGACAUGUUUGAAAUAAUUACUGUAUAUAGUUAUAGUUAUGUACAAUAAAUUGUGUCA